AACCAUUUUUCUUCAGACUGGCAGCCAGGGCACUGCUCACUAAGAAGGAAACCCUGGGAGGAAAGAACUUGGGGAACAAGAGGACACAAGAAUCUCUGCAGCUGCUUAUGUAUGCAAAAUGAAACUGAAUCUGGUGCAGAUCUUUUUCAUGUUGCUGAUGCUGCUGCUGGGCCUGGGGAUGGGCCUGGGGUUGGGACUUCAUAUGGCUGCAGCAGUCUCGGAGGAGAGUGAUCAACCGCUCAAUGAAUUUUGGUCCAGUGACUCACAGGACAAAGCUGAGGCCACUGGGGAGGGAGACGGCACCCAAACCACAGAAACGCUGGUGCUUACCAACAAAGAAGUGGUGCAACCUGGCUGGCCAGAAGAUCCCAUCCUCGGUGAAGAUGAGGUUGGGGGUAACAAGAUGCUCAGAGCCUCAGCUCUCUUUCAGAGCGACAAAGACUAUCUUAGGCUUGACCAGACAGAUAGAGAAUGCAAUGAUAUGAUGGCACACAAGAUGAAGGAGCCCAAUCAGAGUUGCAUAGCCCAGUAUGCAUUCAUCCAUGAGGAUCUAAACACAGUCAAAGCUGUCUGUAACAGUCCUGUCAUUGCCUGUGAGCUCAAGGGGGGAAAAUGUCACAAAAGCUCCCGACCUUUUGAUUUGACAUUGUGCGAGCUGUCCAAACCAGACCAGGUCACUCCUAACUGCAAUUACCUAACUUCUGUUAUAAAAAAGCACAUUAUUAUAACCUGUAAUGACAUGAAGCGUCAGUUACCAACUGGACAAUGAAGCAACUCAUCAUCUUUUUUCUCUUCACCUUCUCCUGUUCCUCUUCCUUUUUUACUUCUUCUUUCUCAUAUAGUUCUCCUGAUCUUAGGUAUUAUGCAGAUGUAAUUCUUCCUUGCCCUAUGGGUCACCCAACUUGCAUUUUGUUCCUAGGAUUAGAGAUGGUAGAAUAAGGUGAUGAUGCCUAGUUUCUCUAAGCUCUCUGCCUCUCCUUUCCCUUACCCUGGAAAGGAGUAAGUGAAGAGCUGCUGUAGUCCGUACUGUAGUCCUGGCCAUCCAUUUGUUUCCUGCUCUGCUCUGAGUUUGUCUCUGGAUGUGGACUGGAAGAGUUUAGUGUAUCCUUUACCCAUGUUCUUCCCUGCUACCCACCGUGAGCCUCUACAACAAUCACAUAAGACUCUUGGGUUUUGCACAACUGCACUUCUCUAUUGUGGAUGAAGUUAAAGCGAUUCUAUCUGUAACGGCUUCUGGAGGACCAUGUGGAACAGGCUUCCUUUUCCGAGCUUGGAAAAAUUUAGGGCCUAGGCAUGGGGGUCUGCUGGGGAGGUGGUGUGGUGCUGUAGCGCAAGAUAGAAGAUGGGCUGGAGCAAGAAUAGAACUCUUUUUUCUUGACCCUUCGCUGCCCUUUUCUCUUUCUUCCCAUCUUUUACUAUCAGCCUCCUUGCUUUGCUUCUUGUUUUCAUCUCUUACCUUUGCUUUUGUCCUUUGCUUCUUUUUCUGCUUACUUUCUCUGUUCUCCUUUUCCUCUUCUUUUUCUUUUUGGGCCCGCUCUUCUCUUUAUCUGGAUCCUUUUAGAGAUUCAGUCAGCUGAUACUGAUCACUUAUGCUAUGUUGGUCCUAUAGUCAGUCAUGCAAGCAGAUGUUCGUCCUAUAGUCAGAGUCUGGCACAGGGAGUUAGAGGGGGGUGGGUCAAGAGAAUGAGAAAAAGAGAGAGGAAAAGAGAGAAAGAGAAAGAGAGAGUGAGAAAUCUUUUUUGAAUUAUGUCCAGAAGCAGAAUAGUGCUCAUAUUAGGUGCCCAGUAGAUGUGGGAUGAAUAGGAUGGGAGACAGUCUUUUUCUCAUUUAGCAUCGUUUCCACUUUCUUGCUCUAAAGAACAAGAAAGUUAGUGAAAGAAUAAUUUCAGCAGAGAAGGUAUCAAACUUAAUCAAGGAGAAGAGAAGCUGUGUGGCUGGAUACACAGAAGAUGCCAGUGGCUGCCCUCAGCCUAUUUCCUCUAAAUUCAAAUGAGAAAUAGUGUAGUUAGUCAUGCAUAGGGAGAAGAGGAAUCUGAGAACAUAGCUGUAAGGAUUCACCGUGUGACUGAAUUUUGAGAUUUCCUUCCCCUAGAGUUUUUCUCUGCUUCACAUUCCUAGACUAUUAUAGACCCAAGUCAGGGACAUACAUAAAUGGGAGACUGAAGGGAAGAACGGUUUGCUUUACUCUGACCUGGCUUGCAUUUUCCUGUUCUUUCUUUCUUUAUUCUCCAGUUUACUUUAUCCUUCCUGUUUUCACAGACAGGCAACCACUUUAGUAUCCUCCUAGACGUCCCUGAUUCAAUAUAUCCCUUAUACCUCUGACUCACUUCCAGCAAUAACCUCUUAGGAACAGUGUUGUCUCCCAGGUAAUUCUAAUAAUAGUGGACAGGAGGUAUGUCUCCAUCUGUGGGCUGCCCUGAUGUUUUAGAGGUGGUAAUGAAGUGGUGAAAGGUGAUGACCCAGCCAAGGCAGAUUCCUAUGCUUCCUGAGGGCGAAUCCCUCUCUGGGGAAAGAGGCAAAAGAUUAUCUAAGGCAAGGGGGAAAAAAUGAGAAAUGGGAUGGGAAGAGGGGAAAGAAGAAUAGGUGUCAGAGAAGAUCGGCCAUGUUAGCAAUCUGUCUGGUAGGUAAACCAAGGAUUUAGGAAUGAAAUGUGAAAGAUCUCCAUUGUAUGGAGUGAAUUAUUAAGAGAAUGGAAUUAGCCAGGGAUUAAAGCCUAUAUUCUCUGGUAUUCAGAUGUGGCUCCAUCCUCUUCAGCUUCCAUCCAGCUUCUCUCCCUAAGGGUUCCGGCACUGUUUGAUGAGCAUACUCAUCUCCUCCGGGUCUUCAUUUUGGGCAAAUCUCAGUGGACAUUUUUUUUUUGUUUUGUUUUGUUUUUGUUUUUUUGUCUAAUCUGACCACGUAGACUAUCUCAGGAAAGCAAUUUACAAAAUACUCUACAGGCGUCUAGUGGCUCAAGCAGGAAAAUAUAGCUUCCAUGGCUGAUAACAGGGUGACAAGGCAUUGUGGGGACCUCACCUCCCAGGGGCAGAAAAUUAACUCGCUGUAGCUCAAAUUCUGCCUCAUUCACAAGACUUUCACAGAGUCUUCUAAUUCCAACGUAGCUUCCUCUCUACAUUUCCAGGAUCUAUGUUGAGCCCAUAUGACAGAUCCCAGUCCCUUAUCUACAGUACCCAAAUCUCUGAAGCUCUGAAAAUGGAAAGUUUUUUUCAAAGUGGCCCCCAAACUCAUUUAGAUAUGACACCUGACUAGACUGACAAUGUGAGGCUAUUUAUCUUGUUUAUUUAUGCUAUGUGACCAUUACAUAUUUCACUGUGGAAAUAUCACUGUGUUUUGUUAUGAGUAGGUCCUUCUAAGAGCAUGUUAGUCAUAUAUGAUAUAAACAUACACACAUUAACAUACAAUAGUGCUUUUUAAAAUCUGAAAAUGUUGGCCAAAAUGCAUUGGCCCCAAAAGUUUCAAGUAAGAAAUUGUGGGGUCUAUAUAUACUAUUUAAUUAGCCUUAAUUAAUUUGAGUAUACUGGAUAUGAUCC